AUGCCGCGUCCGGGCCCUCGCCUGUGGCUGGUCCUGCAGGUGAUGGGUUCGUGCGCGGCCAUCAGCUCCAUGGACAUGGAGCGCCCGGGCGACGGCAAGUGCCAGCCCAUCGAGAUCCCGAUGUGCAAGGACAUUGGCUACAACAUGACCCGCAUGCCCAACCUGAUGGGCCACGAGAACCAGCGCGAGGCCGCCAUCCAGCUGCACGAGUUCGCGCCGCUGGUGGAGUACGGCUGCCACGGCCACCUCCGCUUCUUCCUGUGCUCUCUGUACGCGCCCAUGUGCACCGAGCAAGUCUCCACCCCCAUCCCCGCCUGCCGGGUCAUGUGUGAGCAGGCCCGGCUCAAGUGCUCCCCGAUCAUGGAGCAGUUCAACUUCAAGUGGCCCGACUCGCUGGACUGCAGCAAGCUCCCCAGCAAGAACGACCCCAACUACCUGUGCAUGGAGGCGCCCAACAACGGCUCAGACGAGCCCUCCCGGGGCUCCGGCCUGUUCCCGCCCCUCUUCCGGCCGCAGCGGCCGCACAGCGCGCAGGAGCACUCGCUCAGGGACGCGGGCCCGGGGCGCGCCAGCUGCGACAACCCGGGCAAGUUCCACCACGUGGAGAAGAGUGCGGCGUGCGCGCCGCUGUGCACGCCCGGCGUGGACGUGUACUGGAGCCGCGGCGACAAGCGCUUCGCGGUGGUGUGGCUGGCCGUCUGGGCUGUGCUGUGCUUCUUCUCCAGCGCCUUCACCGUGCUCACCUUCCUCAUCGACCCGGCGCGCUUCAGGUACCCCGAGCGCCCCAUCAUCUUCCUGUCCAUGUGCUACUGCGUCUACUCCGUGGGCUACAUCAUCCGCCUCUUUGCCGGCGCGGAGAGCAUCGCCUGUGACCGAGACAGCGGGCAGCUCUAUGUCAUCCAGGAGGGGCUGGAGAGCACGGGCUGCACCCUGGUCUUCCUGGUCCUCUACUACUUCGGGAUGGCCAGCUCGCUGUGGUGGGUGAUUCUCACGCUCACCUGGUUCCUGGCCGCAGGCAAGAAGUGGGGGCACGAAGCCAUCGAGGCCAACAGCAGCUACUUCCACCUGGCAGCCUGGGCCAUCCCCGCCGUGAAGACCAUCCUAAUCCUGGUGAUGCGCAGGGUGGCGGGCGACGAGCUCACGGGUGUGUGCUACGUGGGCAGCAUGGACGUGAAUGCCCUCACCGGCUUCGUGCUCGUCCCGCUGGCCUGCUACCUGGUCAUCGGCACGUCCUUCAUCCUGUCCGGCUUCGUGGCACUCUUCCAUAUCCGCAGGGUGAUGAAGACGGGCGGGGAGAACACCGACAAGCUGGAGAAGCUCAUGGUAAGGAUCGGCGUCUUCUCCGUGCUCUACACCGUGCCGGCCACCUGUGUGAUCGCCUGCUACUUUUACGAGCGCCUCAACAUGGAGUACUGGAAAAUCCUGGCCACCCAGCACAAGUGCAGAAUGAACAACCAGACCAAGACUCUGGACUGUCUGAUGGCCGCUUCCAUCCCGGCUGUGGAGAUCUUCAUGGUGAAGAUCUUCAUGCUGCUGGUGGUGGGUAUCACCAGCGGGAUGUGGAUCUGGACGUCCAAAACCCUGCAGUCGUGGCAGAACGUCUGCAGCCGCAGGUUCAAGAAGAAGAGCAGGAGGAAACCCGCCAGUGUGCUCACCAGUGGUGGGAUUUACAAAAAAGCUCAGCAUCCCCAGAAAACCCAUCUCGGAAAAUAUGAAAUCCCUGCCCAGCCUCCCACCUGUGUGUGA